AUGGAUGAGCGUACGCCCCUCAUAACAACUGUGACUGUAAGCCAGCGUCGAGGCGGCUACUCACAUCGGACCAUCCGACGUUUCUGCGCCAUUGCCUUUGGGAGCAUUUUUGUUGCGAUCCUCCUGCUCAUCAUUCUGCCCUUCUCUAUCCUGUUUCCCCAUUCCCGACACUCCCAUAGACAUCACGGCCACCAAGGCCUGUCCUCCUACCUUCCCUGGUCGGCUCCAUAUCCCAAGUCGUGGCCCGAAAGCACUGGCCUCACUUUCUCCGAGCUUCAGAAUAUCCUUUUUACAACCCCGGAUGAAGAUAAGAUACGUUCAUGGAGUCAGUAUUAUACUGCUGGCCCUCACUUAGCCGGCAAAAAUCUGAGCCAGGCAUUAUGGACACGGGAACGUUGGGAAGAGUUUGGAGUCAAGUCAGAACUGGUGGCAUAUGAUGUCUACAUCAACUACCCAGUGUCACAUCGACUGGCGUUGUUGAAAGGAGAUAAGGUCAAACACGAGGCUAGCUUGGAAGAGGACAUUCUCGAAGAGGACCCCACAACGUCUUUGGAGGACCGCAUUCCAACUUUCCACGGCUACUCAGCUAGUGGCAAUGUCACUGCACCAUAUGUCUUUGUCAACUUUGGCACGUUCCAGGACUUCGAAGACUUGGUUGCCGCAAACAUAAGCCUAAAAGGAAAGAUCGCCUUGGCCAAAUAUGGUGGGGUUUUCCGAGGGCUUAAAGUCAAGCGUGCCCAAGAACUGGGUAUGGUAGGAGUGGUCAUCUAUUCAGAUCCACAAGAAGAUGGCGAGAUCACGGAGAAGAAUGGUUACAAGACAUAUCCCGCCGGGCCUGCGAGAAACCCAAGUAGUGUGCAAAGAGGCAGCGUGUCCGCAGGUGUUCUUCCUGGGGAUCCUACAACACCUGGCUAUCCAUCAAAGCCUGGUGCGCCACGCACCGAUCCUCAUUUCUCAACACCUAAGAUCCCGUCACUCCCAAUCUCAUACUCUGAUGCUCUUCCAAUACUCAAGGCACUGAACGGUCAUGGGCCCAACGCCAGUUCUUUUGGAAAAUACUGGCAAGGCGGUGGACUUGACUACAAGGGAGUGCAAUAUAGUAUUGGUCCAUCUCCAGAUUCAUUAACCCUCAAUCUUGUCAAUGAACAGGAAUAUGUGACAACACCUCUUUGGAAUGUGAUUGGAGUAAUUAAUGGUACCAUUCCUGACGAAGUCAUCGUUCUCGGAAACCACCGUGAUGCAUGGAUUGCAGGUGGUGCGGGUGAUCCCAACUCUGGCUCUGCGGCGUUGAACGAGGUGAUACGAUCCUUUGGGGAAGCACUGAAAGCAGGUUGGAAACCCUUGCGCACGAUUGUCUUUGCCAGCUGGGAUGGUGAGGAAUAUGGCCUAGUCGGCUCUACUGAAUGGGUCGAAGAGUUCAUCCCUUGGCUAUCGGGCAGCGCGGUCGCGUAUCUCAAUGUCGACGUCGGAGCCCGAGGCAGGGUCUUCUCUGCUGCCGCCUCGCCACUACUCAACAAGCUCAUCUACAACAUCACCGGGGAAGUGCCUUCGCCGAAUCAAACCACGAAAGGACAGUCUGUAGGUGACGUCUGGGAUGGUCGAAUUCGCACCAUGGGGUCUGGAAGUGAUUUUACAGCUUUCCAGGACUUCGCUGGCAUUCCAUCCCUCGAUCUGGGCUUUGGAUCCGGCCCACGCGACCCCGUGUAUCAUUAUCACUCGAACUAUGAUAGCUUUGCGUGGAUGGAUGGAGAUUUUGGGGACAAGGGAUGGCACUAUCACGUCGCAAUCACCAAAGUUUGGUCUCUCCUGGCUGCUAGACUGUCAGAAACACCUGUUCUCGCUCUCAGCGCGAAAGACUACGCUCAGGGACUCAGAGGGUAUCUUGAGAGCGUAAAGGACAAAGCAGUAGAGUCCUCUAUCAAUUCCAAGUUCAGCUUUGAGGUGCUCGAUAAUGCAACGGCGAGGCUCCAGAAAGCAGCUGCUGGGUUCGACACUUACACUGCAGAACUUAGUGAACGGAUCGGAGAAAAUGUCCCGUGGUGGAAAUGGUGGAAGAAAGUCAAGCUAUAUUAUGAGGUACGAGCCGCGAACCAAAAGUACAAGUUCUUGGAACGGCAAUUCCUCUUCUCAGAUGGACUGGACAAUCGCUCAUGGUUUAAACACGUCGUCUUUGCCCCUGGUAGGUGGACUGGGUAUGCUGGAGCAACAUACCCUGGCUUGGUGGAGAGCUUUGAGGACAAGAACCUCACCAACGCUCAUAGAUGGGCUGACAUCAUUGGAGACAGUCUGAAAGCUGCCACAAAGCACUUGGAAUGA